CAAUCCUUGUGUUGAUCUUCAAUCCCACACCUCUUGUGUCACUUUCUAUCUCUCUCUUCUCAAUUUCUCAGCUCCUUUAUUUGCUUCUACACAGAUUCACUCUAUAAAUCUCAUUAUAUUGCUAUAUUCUCCAAGCUUCGACUUAUACAACAAAAGAAGCAGGUGAGAGUAUCAAUGGAGAAGAACAUCAAGAGAUAUGAUGUAUGGAGAUCUUUAAAAGAUGGAGAUUUUCAAGAAGAUGAUGUGUGGGGUGUUCUUGAUGGAUAUCAUCAACCCUCGUAUACAAUCAGCAACCAUACGAGUAAACCCUCUUUACUAGCCCAAAGUUUUCUUUCGAGUGAGCCUAGGAUGAUUCCAGAGAGGCAUAGCAUAGAAGGAAUGGCACAUAUGGGACAACACUCUGCUCCUGUGAAUGUUCCUGAGUGGUCAAUGGUUCACAGAAAGAAGACAAAGAAAGCAGAUGAUGAUGAUGAUGAUGAUGAUGAGAAUGUAUCACCGGAAGAGUAUUUUCUGCGGCGGAGUCGAUCAUCAUCGUCGUCCUCGGUUAUGGAAGGAGUUGGAAGGAAACUGAAAGGAAGAGACUUGAGCAGAGUCAGGGAUGCAGUAUUGAAGAAAACUGGAUUUCUUGAAUAGACAAAAGGAUUGUAAUUGUAUUAUAUUGUUUAAAUAUAUAUAUUGUUUAUAUAUAUAUAAUGUCUAUAUUUUCACUAGCAUUAGGAACUAUUAGAAUUUUCUUUUAAAAAAAUCUCUAGUUUGCUAAGAUGUAUGUAUAUGUGAAUUAAUUUGGCAUAAUAAAAUAAGGGUGAAUUGGCGAAA